AUGAUUCUAUCCAAGCUGUGUUUGUAUCUGCUGGCCCUGGUCGCCCCCUCCCGCCCCGAGACCCACCAACGGACCUAUUUCUACGUCGGCGGGAACUACACCCUCAACAGCCAGGGCGAACAUAUCUUCACCGACCAGAUCUACGUGGAGAAGCUCACCCCCCCGCGAGUUACCCAACCCCAUCCCAUCGUCUUCAUUCAUGGCCUGGCUCAGACUGCCACCAACUGGCUGAACAAGCCGGAUGGCCAACCCGGAUGGGCAUCGUACUUCCUCGAUCAGGGCUACGAAUGCUACCUGCUUGACCAGCCGUUCCGGGGCCGCAGUCCCUGGCAGGCUGCUAACGGCCCGUUGGCGACCUACUCGGCCGAACACCUGCAAAAAUACUUCACCGCGCCCGCCCAAUAUGGUCUGUGGGCGCAAGCCUCGCUACAUACGCAAUGGCCCGGCACUGGGCUGAUGCAUGAUCCCAUCUUUGACGCAUACUAUGCCAGCACGGUCCCAUCGGUCAGCGACGACAUCUCCCAGGAAUCGGCCAUGCAACAGGCCGGCACGGCCCUGCUGGAUCGCAUUGGCCAGCCGGUCAUUCUGGUCGCGCAUUCCCAAGCCGGCCUGAUGGCCUGGCUCAUGGCUGACCAACGAUCGGAUUUGGUCUACGCCAUCGUGGCUAUCGAGCCAGCCGGGCCUCCUUUCCACAACGCCAUGUUUGGCAGCGGUCCCGCCCGACCGUACGGCCUCACGGAUAUUCCCCUCACGUACGCGCCCCCGGUGUCGGAUCCGAAGACGGACUUGGUCACCACGGUGCUACCUGCCGACUCGUCGGACCGGAAGGACUGUUAUAUCCAGGCCGAGGAUCCCCCGGCCCGCCAGCUUUUGAACCUCGGCAAGAUCCCGGUGUUGCUGGUGACCACGGAGGCCUCGUACCAUGCCCCGUAUGAUUGGUGCACGGUGCGGUUCUUGCAGCAAGCGGGGGUACGGACCGAGCAUUUGCAGCUGGGGGAGAUUGGGAUUCACGGGAACGGUCAUAUGGUGUUUUUGGAGAAGAACAGUGAUGAGGUGGCGGCCGCUAUUCAUGAGAGGAUUGGGUCAACGCCUCUGAAACACAGAUCGGAUCUCUAG